CCAAACCCAGCAACUACGAAACAAAAGCUUCAGGUUGGUUCAGGACAGCUGCAAGAGAGAGAGAGGAAGAGGGAGAGAGAAUGGCGGCGACGGAGGAGGCGUCCACGGCGUCGAGGAGCCGGCCGGAGAGCGAAGGGGAGGAGGAGGCGAUGGCGGUGCUGGACUUCGACAUGCUCUGCGCGUCCGUGGCGAUGUCGGCCGAGAGGAGGAAGGGCGCCGCCGGGUUGGCGGCUGCGUGCCCGGCGGCGAGCGAGGGGGGCGGCGGAGGGGUGCAGAGGAUGUGGGAGGGGGACGUGGUCAUCGAUUGCUUCGACGACCGCCGAAUCGCGCUCGAGGCCGCAUGCUGCCCAUGCUAUAGGUUUGGCAAGAACAUGCGGAGAGCCAAUCUCGGAUCUUGCUUUUUUCAGGCAAUGGCUUACUUCAUUUCCUUAGUUGCUGUUCUGGUCAGCUUAAUUGCCUUCUCAGUAACAAGGCAUCAUGUAUAUUUAUAUAUGGGACUUGGAUCUGUUAUCUUGAUAGCAAUCUACACCGGUUACUUCCGGAGAAGAAUCAGGAAGCAGUUCAAUAUCCUGGGGACCGACAGCAGUCUAGAUGACUGUGUUCUCCAUCUAAUCUGUCCUUGCUGUACCCUGUGCCAGGAAGCGAGAACUUUGGAGAUGAAUAAUGUCCAGUGUGGUGUCUGGCACGGGCGGGGUGAUACCAUUUGUUUAGGGAGUAAUGGUGAAGGAAACAAGGCCUUUGCUGCUCUACAUAAAUCCUCAUUUGUGCCUAUAAAAUCUCCCGAGUUGUGUGGCAUGGACAGAAUAUCAAGUGGUGCUGAUGAGCAUCAGCCGCUUGUUCCGUCAGUGCAACUAGAACAGGAGUAAGGAAUUGUUACGUUCUGCGGUACAAUUCCAAAAGUAACAGGUGAUCCUCUCCCGCGUGUUCUUGAAAGAGGAAAAAGGAUCACUCUGCAGCGAAAUCAUCAGUCCAGCAAUGGUAUCAUCUGUCCUGUGAUUCUUUGCUUGUUUGCUGUAUCAAGUAUGAAGAACUGGCUUGGCAGCAACCUUAUGCUGAUGGGUGCAGUUGGCCUGCUGUUGUAAACACUGCGGUGAUAAUGUUUAUCGUGCACUGGAUGUAUUAAGGUGGUAUGCCAUGCCAGUUCUUACGUCAUGAUGUUCAGGGCUUAUGUCUGAAUCCCAAGUGUAAAUGUUGCUUGAUGCAACGAUUUUCAGUAA